AUGGCCCUAGAGAUGACAAGGCACGGCCUUGAAUCACUACCCGAUGAACUGAAAUCUCAUAUUCUGUCGUAUCUGAUCAACCCUCCGCCUUCUUGGAGUUGGCAGAAGAACACGCUCGAUACUGGACUCACUCGCUCUUCUGAUCUGGCAGACAAACCUUUGAAAUCCAUGAUACUCGUAUCGAAAACAUGGUGCAGAUUAGUUUCACCACUAUUGUUUGCGCAUCUACAGCUUCGUCUCGAAGACACAGACCAGACCACUCCACCGUUGCUGGCGCCGAGAAUCAAAAGCAUAUCGGCCAACUUUAGGGAAUGGCUGUUUCGAGACUUGGGCUAUCCACAUGAUGUCCGACUGCCGUACAGACAUGUCUGGCAAAGCGCUUCGACAGAGAAGGCUGCGAAGUGGACAGCUACACUAGAGCAACAACUGGCUAGCUUGUUCGCAUUUCUUGAGUCACCAAAUAAUGGCAGUAACAGCGAAAACGUCCAGUCAUUGACAGUCAUCGCUACUGACGAGCUCAACAACAAUGGCCUCGACUAUAUUCGUGACGAAGUACACUGUUUGAUCGCAACGGAUGCAUUUUGGAAUCUGCUUUUCGAGAAGCUUGAUCCUGCAAGAGUCACAGUACUGGCACCUCCAAGUAAGCUCGCAUGUCUGCUCGGCUGCAGUAUGAAUAUGAUGGAUGCCUGGGCUUUUCCAGGGAUGGCCAUGCAAUUAGUAUCGGUUUGGAGAGAACCUAGGCCUGUUGAAGUCAACGAUCAUCGCCGGUCGCCGUCGGGGUCCGACUAUGACAUGAUGCACCCGGUAGAGCUCGUGUUAGAGCCAAAUGAGUACGGCAGACCCGCAUUCUCGAGCUUUAUCUACAUCAGGCCCUGGACACACUUGGCCGUGAAUGAGGGAUCGUUCCUUGAGGCUUACUCAACAUACGAAUACUUUCACAAGAACCCACCAGGAAUCUUGGCCUCUGUAGGAAGGGCGUUCAGACUCGAGAUGGACAUGUGGUCAGUGUCAUACAAGGCCGUCUUUCCAUUUGGCAACCACAUUGGAUCACCGCUCGAUCGAAUCACAUACAAGGGUAACUCUUCAAACGUACGAAAGCUUUACGUCAAGAUAGCACCUGAUCCGGACGACACAAUCCUGGACGAUCCAGCUCAAGUCGGCAAAGCAGACAUCACCGACUGCUGGCGUGAGGUGGAGUCAGCCUACAGAUUCCUGACAGACCCUGCCCUACGAGGAGAGCCGGACUUCACAGAGUCGGGAGCUGUUAGGGAAUUGGAGAUGUUCGGCUUCGGAGACAGCAGCAUCUCAUCGAUUAGAGAGACAGUCGCCAGCUCAAUGGAGACUGCAGGAUGGCAAGAGGUGACCACAAAUGAAUGGCACAGCUCCAGGCUUCUAUCGCGUCUAUCAGAUUACGGAAACGGUACGAAGGUCGCUGGAGAGUUAGAGAGCAUGCGGAUCGAGUAG